AUGUCGUCCCCUUUUCACAUCUCCCCGUUCGACUUGGUCGAAUUGGAGCGCAAUGAAUCCUUUUGCACUAUGCGCGAGCAACUUCGCCGCCAAGAAUGCGGUAUGGAGCGACCAAGCUUCUGCGCCGGCCACCGACUUUCCUGCACAACCGCCGAACAAGAAACCUUUCGUCUCCACCGCGAUAUCAUCCACACCCUCCUCGUCCCUCUGUUUCUAAUCAACCAUCAAGCCGAGCGUACCGCAUCCCGCGCCCUCCCUAGCCAGAAAGGCGCCGAACCCGAGCGUGUCUUCCGCGGCGAAGCUCGCUCCGCUUUCGCCUGGCUCAACUGCAUUCUCACCGAAGAACACGAUUGGUACCUCAAAGCUCGUUGCCCGGCCUGCAUCGUGGAGCAUGUGUUGCACUCCGAACCGACUAUCCGCUUCGUUACUGUUGCGUCGCAGCUUGCAGGCGCCCGCUCUGGAUUCCAAUGCUGGUUGAACGCGCUGGAAACUGCCGUCUGCGAAGACCCGUUCUGGGGAGAAGCGUUCUGGCCCGAUAUUGAGGAACGCGCUUCGCGUUUGACCGAUGGCGUGCGCCAGCUCGUCCGUCAGUGUUAUGAGCUUACUGCAACCAUGGAAAACCCCCAUGCUUCGACUAAGGCUUCACCUGUCUACGCCAACCGCUCUGCUUCCUGUACCAUCCCAUUGAAGCCCUCUAGCUUCGCUCGCAAGCAGGUCCGGCUCACACGCGAGGAACAGCGGUACCGUUCUUCGCUGUGGAAUUUCCCGGAAAUGAGGCAACCGCUGGCCGGUUGUACCACUGCGACUCAGUCUCGGCGCCGGUCGCUGACCUCUUGA